GAUUGUGUGUACAAAUAUGGCGGUGUGAGUUGUAGUGGAAUGGCUCGUUGCUUGAAAUCGCAGCUAUCGCUUUGCUUGAAACGUGGGUAAUUAAAGUUCGAAGAAAAACAACAUGAACUCAUAUAACCCUACUGGAUCGUUCAUCAGAUUUGAAAGCACAAUAGAUGAUCUUCCUGAUGAAGUGCUCGAGUAUAUUCUCAGUUUAGUUGCUCCAUACAAAGAUUUGCAAGAAUGUUCGUUGGUAUGUAAAAGGUGGCAACGAAAUGUGAAAAACGUCAUUCGGCAUGCACAGAAAAGCUUGAACCGAGCCAUAUCAGACUUCAAUAUUAGAUGGGAAAACAUAACCCCAGCUGAAAUGGCUCCAUCGAUCACCAAACGGUAUUCCCAUUCAGCAUGCCGGUAUGAGAAUUCCAUGUAUAUUUUUGGAGGUUGUACAUCUACAAGUACUACUUUUAAUGAUAUGUGGCGGCUUGACCUUAACAAACGGCAGUGGGUGAGACCACUCACAAUGGGAACUUAUCCUUCACCAAAGGCAUGCGCUUCUCUUGUUUGUUAUAAAGAAGCACUAAUAUUGUUUGGUGGUUGGACACAUCCAUCACCUUACCCUCUUCAUCAGGCAUGGAGGUUAUUUAAUGAGCUUCAUGUUUAUGGCAUUGUGUCCAACAGAUGGACAUGCAUCAACACGCAAACUACUCCUCCUGCUAUGGCUGGUCACUCUGCUACAGUUCAGGGAGAGUGGAUGGUUGUAUUUGGUGGACUCCAAAAAACUAAUGUCUUAUUAGGACAGUAUGGAAGUUCCAAUGAUGUGUGGUGUUUCAACCUGGAAAAUCAAACAUGGAAUAAGCAAGCUACCACUGAAAUCAAGCCUCACUCAAGAUAUGGGCAAUCCCAGAUCUCACUGGAUGACAGACAUAUACUGAUACUGGGUGGCUGUGGAGGACCAAAUAUGGUAUUCAGUGAUGUGUGGCUACUUUCACUGACCGAUCCAGUUUGGACAUGGCAAAAAGUUUCAGUAAGAAACUCCCAGUGGGGUGCAACCCACAUGUGGUGCCAUCCUGCAUGCAAGAUUGGCCAACGAGUAGUCAUCUUCAGCCGAAAUCCUGUAUCAAGUGCCCCCACAUUUACCUACAAUGCACAGUGGAAUACUCCAUCACAACUACGGGUUAGCACUGCCAAUGUCUGGGUUCCCCCUCGAGAGGAAGAUGUACCAGCAGAUGUUGUUAAUAGGAGGGCAUCAGAGGGGUUGGUUGAGGCUCGGCCAGCAGAUAGGGAUCUUAAUGUCAAUGGGCGUCGUGGAAUCCUAGGUCCCAGGUCUACAACAGCAGGAAGUG